AAAACAACAAAGAAAAACAAAAAUCCCUUUAGGGCACAAAGAGAAGAAGUACUUCGGCAAGAAUCCAAUCGCUUCUACUGGUGUUCAGAUGGGGUCAGAAUCAGAUCAAUCUUCUUCCAGAUUCAAUACCCUUGAGGUCAAAUCUCUGAUUUACCAGAAAAUCGGACACUCGAAAGCAAACACUUACUUUGACCAGCUUGGUAAGUUCCUCGCCUCGAGGAUAAGCAAGUCUGAGUUCCAUCAGCUUUGUAUCAAGACCAUCGGUAGAGAACACAUCUCUCUUCACAACCGUUUACUACGUUCGAUUCUCAAGAACGCAACCGUUGCUAAAUCACCACCACCACCGCCAGCACAACCAAGAUUUACCAAGAAAUCUCUUUAUGGUGACUCUGGGUUCCCUCCUUCCUCGCCUCGAAAAUGCAGGUCGAGGAAGUUUAGGGACAGGCCGAGUCCGCUGGGUCCACUUGGGAAGCCUCAAAGCAUCACUACAACGAACGAUGAGUCAAUGUCGAAGUUACAACGACUUCCAACGGAAGAAGGAGAAGAGGUUGAGCAAAGUGUACAGUGCAGAAGAAGCCCGUUGACCGCGCCACUCGGUGUGUCCUUAACCGGAGCUAGAAGGUUUGUUUGCAGAAAGGGUGGUGAGGAGACUUGUCAGAACAGUGGCGAGCUUCCUGAUGCAGUGACGUUGAAGACUAGGUUAGAGAAGAAACUGGAGAUGGAAGGUAUAACGUUGUCGAUGGACUCUGCUAACGUUUUGAAUAGUGGGUUGAAUGCGUUUAUUACAAGGCUGGUGAAGCCUUGUUUGAGUUUGGUACAAGAAAAAAGAGUUUCGAUGUCGGAUUUACGUGUUGCAAUGGAGUUGAAUCCAAGGGUUCUUGGAGAGGAUUGGCCUAUACAACUGGAGAGAGUCUGUUCUCGUGCUUCAGAGGAGUAAAGUUGUAGAAAAGAAAGAGCCGAUAUUUUAGCGAUUUUCGAGAUUUGAAACUUGUUAAUGAUAUUUGAUUGAUCGAUUCUUUUCCUGGAAUUUGGGUGGGAAUUGCCAGUAGAGUGUUGUUGAAGAAGCUUUGAAGGGGGAAACAUAGAGGCUUCUUCAGGUUGUACAAGUUCUGAAUAGUUUAUAUAGUAAUAGAUAUAGUUUAAAUCACCAAUUGUUUAGAAGAUAUCUUUACUUCCUUUUUCUGUAUUUCUUUCUCCUUUGCUGUCUCUCAAUGUAACAAAUUUUCCAUUAAAGCAAAAGAAACUUUUAACCAA